AUGAUGCGCAAGAAAGAAACCUAUACCAACAUCACCCCCAUCCCGACGGGUGUGCCCCGCCAACUGGCCCUCGACAUUCUCCAUAGCCAUGGUGAAAUCAUCACGCUGAACCCUCUCGUCCUCGAGUACGAUGCCAUUCAAGCCCCACGAGAUGCUGCCGCAGAUGAAUAUUAUUUUACCUGGUAUGAGAUCGUCGAGCGCGUCCAAUAUAUCCCGGGCUUCGGCAAGAUGGGAUCGGGCAAAGUCAGCUUCAGGGGCUGUUUCCACGAUACCGAAUGGGGCCUGGAAACACACAUGUUCGUCCCGCUGGGAAUCGACAUCAAAAGCAAAUGGCGAAUUGCAGGAAACCAGCUCGACGAGCCUCGGCAAUUCCGGGACUUCCGCCACGAGGCAGCCCCCCAGACCGGACUUUAUCUUCAGGAGGAUAUCGAAAUCAACUGCAAUGUCACUUUGGUCUCAUUCGUCAAGAAUCAGUUAAAAGCAGCCUCGAAGGUCCUGGUGGAUCGUCUGAUCAAAAAGGCAGAACUCCUCGAUGCAGGUGUCCUGCAGGCAGUCGUAGAGGACGGAAGACUCAAGACGAUCAAUCCCGCCGAUCGAUCGUAUAUGGCCCGGUCGGACUCGAUGGCUUCGCGAAGACAGUCUGAUACGGUCUCCCUCAAUUCAUAUCAGUUGCAGUCACCGGAGGGAACUAAGCGACAUUCGUCCAUAUCGGGGCGCUCACAGUCAAAGUACCCGUUUGCACCGCCGCAAUACGGUCAAGGGAAAAGCUUCACGGCGGAAUUGCCUGCUGAUUUUUACCAUACGCAGCCACCAGAGCCUUUAAACUACCAUGGCAAAGCAUACGCGGCCGAAUUACCUUCAACAUUUGAGUCUCCCGAAGGAAAUAACCAGUCGCAGAAUAUGAUUCAUGAGCUACCCCAGACACGUCAUUGA